AGACCAACUUCCUGUUCGUUUGUGGUUGGUACUUCCUUUCUGUCUUCUGUCAAGUCCGCGCACGUUGUAGCUUGACGAUUUAGCCCAAAUUUCGCAAUUUGGGCGAAUAUUUGUGUGUCUCAAAGGUGAAAAAUGAGUUCCUUGAAGCUCCAGAAGCGGCUCGCCGCUUCCGUGAUGCGAUGCGGUCGCAAAAAAGUAUGGUUAGAUCCGAACGAAAUCAACGAGAUCGCCAACACGAAUUCACGCCAGAACAUCCGUAAAUUGAUCAAAGAUGGUCUCAUCAUCAAAAAACCCGUCGCUGUGCACUCCAGAGCCCGCGUCCGCAAGAACACGGAGGCCCGCAGGAAGGGACGCCAUUGCGGCUUCGGCAAGAGGAAAGGUACAGCCAAUGCGCGUAUGCCCCAGAAGGAGCUCUGGAUACAGAGGAUGCGGGUCUUGAGGAGGCUCCUCAAGAAGUAUCGCGAGGCCAAAAAGAUCGACAGACAUCUUUACCAUUCGCUGUAUAUGAAGGCCAAGGGCAACGUCUUCAAGAACAAGAGGGUUCUUAUGGAGUACAUCCAUAAAAAGAAGGCCGAGAAGGCGCGCGCCAAGAUGCUGAAUGACCAGGCUGAUGCCAGGAGGUUGAAGGUGAAGGAGGCCAGGAAACGGCGUGAGGAAAGGAUCGCUGCUAAGAAACAGGAGGUGCUGCAGAAUUAUCAAAGGGAAGAUGAGGCGGCUGCCGCGGUUAAAAAAUAAACCAUUUUUUAACGUUGUAUGUUUCUUACUCUAAUAAAAAUAUUGAUAUAA